AUGAUUACUGACCCUGGAAGAGAACAAGCACUGGCCGACGAAAGAGCAUACUUGGCCGCAGUCAGAGCUGUUGAGCAUGAAUUUGAAGAGCGAAGAAACGAUGCGUAUGCGAUUCUGUACACGCUCUACAGACCAAAAAUCAACAUUCCUGUCAGGAACGUUAUGGUCAGACUUGGUCAGGUCGUCGAAGAAGAGGAAGAAGAAGAUGCUCAAAAAGAAAAAUCAGAAAACGAAGAAGCAAAUGAUGAGGACGAGGAAGAUGCCAGCAGUGAUGGCAGUAUGGAUGAUGAGGAAUUCAACGUAAGUGCUUCUAUCACCAAAUAA